UUGGAUUUGUCAACAUCCUUUUCUUGGCGACAGCUGGUCUCUAGGUAUCAGGAAGUACGAGGGCGCCUUGAAGGCAGCACAAACCCACACAAUAACGCUCCUCUUCAGCACUAGGAGCAGCGGGCCAGCCUGCAGAGCGCUUCCGGAGGCGGAUUAUACCCACCUCUGCACGAAGCCCUAAUGCCAUCAGGAAGGAAUUUCCAUAACUCACCUCAAGGGAAGCACGUUUUGGAAGCAAACAAGUCUACCAUUAGGAGAAGCUUGGACGAGGAGAGAGAUGGAUAAUUGAGCCUCACUAUUUCUUUAUUGUGCAGCCUAAAUAGCACAAUCUGUCAUUGAUAAGCCGAUCCUCUAUAAUGUGACAGCUGCUGUCUCAUUUCAUCUAUAACGACCGAAACAUCCUGCUUGCAUUUUUCUAUUUCAGCACCAUGGUGACAUACAAUCUGGUUUUAACUUUUGUCAUUGCGGCUCUUUGGCGGGUUGGUGGCGUACCACUCACUUUCCCCGCGACGCAGUUAAAUUCAACAUCAUCAUCAAUCAUCAGCGAAGAUGAACUGACGAACAAUGUCACGGAUGCUGCCGUGGGAUCCCGGAUUUCAUCCCUAAUGACGCAUCUCCCAACUCUGAAAAACAUUGUCAUUUUCAUCUGCGUGUUAACAGCUGCUCUCAUCACGUGCCUGGUCAUCAAAGUGAUCAGAUCUGGGAGACGAAUCAGAAAAACACGGAAAUAUGACAUCAUAACGACACCUGCAGAGCAUGUCGAGAUGGCCCCUCUUAAUGAGGAGAACGACGAUGAUGAUGACUCAACCCUCUUUGAUGUCAAAUACAGGUGAAUCUCAGCAUGGACAUCGAUAUCUGAUAACUCCAGGACAACUCAAGUGACUUCCUGUAUUUUUUGUGUUGCCUAGUCUUACCAAAUCAACCACGUCACAUGCUGCUUGUGCAUGGCUUUUAUCUGUAUUUAAAGAACUGGAGCCACAUUGAUAUUACUGUUUGCUGCUGUGCUGACAAAUCUAUCAAAUGGCCCAAAUACCUGCCCAGUUCUUUAUACUGUUAAAGAUAAUGCUUCAUGUUGUGACUUGGAGUUCAGUCAUCUUCAUUCAAUCAACUUGUUACAUGGGAAUUAUGUUUCAUUUACAUUUAGUUUUUGAUACACUUGAGCUACAGUGUACAGCAUUGGGGCUGAGGAGUUCAUUGUAGGAAACAAGGCCUGCUUUGAAGCUAUGAUCUACCUAUAUUAAAAUGCAGGACUAAUCACAUGUGAUUUGAGUGAAUAUGUUAUCUUUAAGUGAAUACUCGGUGGCCACUAAAGAUCAUCAGUUAAUGUAUAAAAUGUUAACAUGCAACACAAAUUUUGCAGAGAAUACUUUAUUCAAAUGUAAAAUUUGCACACUCAGAAUCUAGUGAUAUACAGUAAUUGAUAUUUUUAACUAAACUUUCAUACCAAAUAUAUUUCUAUCUGCUAACCACUUUAUUGUGCAUAUGUACUGUAUAUAUACAGUAUAUACAUGUGUUGUUUUAGACAUUCCUGUUAGGCUACUGUCUCAGCUGAAGUGUUACGAUUCCAAGGUUUGACUGAAGUAUAUUGUGAUGUAUGGAAUUGUUGUGAAUGCUGUAAUCUCUUGGACAUUUGAGUCUAAAAUGGGGUUUUACCGUACUGACAAAAUCCUUAAAUGAUUUGGCCCAUUAGAUAAGUAUUAAAUUACUAUUAAAUUAAAAACAAUAACUGCUUUGUUACAUUUGUUACAUAUUUUAUUCAAAUACCAAAUACACAAUAAUCAAAAUGCCAGAUUUAAAGAAAAUUAAAGAAAAUGGCAGAGGAGUUUACAAACCUUCCCUGUCUCUUGUCUGCACCCUAAAAUGUAAUACAGUAAACUAACAACAAUGUAGAGUACUCCUAAAGUAGGUUCCUGCAGCAGAUGUGAGUGUGGGCCUUGUAGGUGACCUUCUGUUUUAAUCCAAAUUGUUAUUUGAUAGUCCCCCUUGGCCUACGGGUGCAGCUGUUUCCAAAUGACCCCCAGCUUUAGUGAACAGAAAAAAAUAAAUAUAAACUACAAUGGCCAAUCUUGUACAACCUAUUAACAUUUUCUUUCUGGGAGAAAGAGCAGAGAGUGUAUUUACCUUUGUUGUCACAGAAGACUGGAUAUAUUUAUUAUGUUAGAUAUACAAGCGGUAUGCAGGAGUGUGUAGAAAGGAUUUUUUAAUCAUACAUUGAAUCAUAUGUGAAUCAUAUUUUUUUGAUAUUAUGUCCUUUAGCAGACUGCUGUCUUAUUUCACGUGUUUUCCAUCAGAUUAUAUGACCACUGUUCAUUUCAGUACUGUGUCAUGUUUCAUUUUAGUCUUUCACUGUAUGUGCAGAAAACUGUAGAUUAAUUUUUGUGUAUAGUUAUCCUCAUCCAUCUUGGCAACAUCUGAUUUUAUUUCUUUGGUUGUGUGUGAAAUUGUGGAAAAAAAGCUUGUCUCAUUUAAAGAUGCUAUUUCUGGGCUUUCAUUAGAAUUGAAUCAUCUGCUGCAGAAAGUUCCUCUUGUAAAAUUAAUAAAAGUCAUCGUGGUAGCUAUUUGAAGACAAACUAAUCUCCCUGAUCCCACAUUCGAACCAAAUGAAGUUAAAUGUUCAAACUACUUUGGAAGUUUAUUGAAAACAAGUCCCUACUUGGUUUUUGACACAGACGUGUAUAGGUGUUAUGUGUACCCACGGCUGUUUCCUCAGUUUCCAUUUCUUUGAAAACACUACUGAAAUAAAACUGCUUCCUUUGAAGUGUUAAACCGUUUUAAGACUGAGGCUUGAAGUGUUUUUUUCUCCAUUCUGAUCUAUUGUAUUUUUCUCUGCCGCAGAAAAGUACAUUCACUUUGUCGUAACUGCACAGUUUAAAUGUCCUUGAGUUACAAUGAAUAUUUUAAAUGCAAAAAAUUUAAUUAUACCCAAGUUAUAUGUAUCUAGAUAAGACAUACAUGCAAAAGCAAAAAUCUGUUUGCUGGAAGUUGGAUAUUAAGCAGUAUUCAUGUAUAAUGUAGUGCAUACAGUAUUCAUGACAAAAAAAUAAAACUAUACAGCACAA